AUGUUGUACUUAAAGUCCUUAUUGAAAGUCAUUGACAACUCCGGUGCCCAGGUUGUCGAGUGUAUCAAGGUCUUGAGAAAGACACCUAUGAACUAUGCCACCUUGGGCGACAGAAUCGUUGUUGUCGUCAAGGAGGCGAAGCCAAUCUCCACCUCCAUCACCGGUGCCUCCAACUCCAACCGAGUCAAGAGAGGUGAUGUCGUGCAUGCGGUUGUCUGCAGAACCAAACAGAUCAGAAACAGAGCUGACGGGUCCACCAUCAGAUUCGACGACAACGCCUGUGUGCUCGUCAACAAGAACUCCGGUGAGCCGAUUGGCACCAGAAUCACCAGUGUGGUUGCCAAGGAAUUGAAGGACAAGCACCACAACAAAAUUAUCAGUUUGGCCCCAAGAGUAGUCUAG